CAGGCACAAUGUGUAUGCACAUUCGCCUUAAUCCAAUAAGUGCGUUCCCUAAUAUGCAUUAGAAAUGGUAAUUCCAAUUUAGGAGACACUAAAUACUGUUUUGAAUUGAAAUCAUAUUCCAACGAACGUGGUACGAUGUAUCCAACGAACGGUGAACUGAGAUAUUCUCUGAUCUUGCUAAGUGUACUACUGAUGCAUGCUCUUACCAUUUCUGAAACACACACACUGGGAAAGAGUGAGAGCAUGGAUUUCAAUGAGUUGAGAAAAGCGGUUGAGGAGGUAGAACUAGUGGAUGGUCACGCCCACAACUUAGUUGAGGUUGACUCCAACUUUCCUUUUAUCCAUGCCUUUUCUCUAGCCCAUGGUGAUGCUGUUUCUUUCUCAAAUAGCUCUAUAGCCUUCAAGAGAAACUUAAGAGAUGUAGCUGAGCUUUAUGGAACCGAGUUAUCUUUGGAAGGAGUUGAAGAAUACCGAAGAGUCAAUGGAUUGCAUUCAAUCAGCUCAACAUGUUUCAAAGCGGGAAGAUUCUCUGCCAUACUCUUCGAUGAUGGCAUAGGAAUGGACAAAGUGCAAGAUAUAGAAUGGCAUAAGAGUUUUAUACCUAAAGUUGGUAGAAUCUUAAGAGUUGAAAAGCUAGCAGAGAAAAUCCUUAAUGAAGGUUUGCAAGGUGGAUCUUCUUGGACAUUGGCUUCAUUCAUUGGCGCAUUUUCCUCACAGUUGAAUUCAGUAGUUGGUGAGAUCUAUAGCUUGAAAAGCGUAGUUGCAUACUACGCUGGCCUACAAAUCAAUACAAAUGUGACAGAAGAGGAUGCUGAGGAGGGUCUGAGACAGGUGUUGAGUGCUCAGAUGCCUAUCAUGAUAACAAACAAAAAUCUCGUUGACUACCUCUUCUUGAUAAGUUUGGAAUUUGCUCAAUCCCAUGACUUGCCAAUGCAGAUACACACAGGCUUUGGGGAUGGAGGAUAUGGUUUGGAUUUGCGACUGACCAAUCCUCUUAAUCUCUACAACGUUCUUGAGGACAAGAGAUUUUCAAAGAGCCGGAUUGUUCUUUUACAUGCAUCCUAUCCAUUCUCAAAAGAAGCAUCAUCUCUAGCAUCUGUGUACUCUCAGGUUUACCUUGAUUUUGGGUUGGUAAUUCCAAAGCUUAGCAAACAUGGGAUGGUUACUUCAGUGAAAGGGCUUUUGGAGCAGGCUCCAAUGAGUAAGGUGAUGUUCAGUACUGACAGCUAUGCAUUUCCUGAACUCUUCUACUUAGGUGCAAAGAACGCUCGCGAAGUUGUUUUCACGGUUCUACGCGAUGCAUGCAUUGAUGGAGAGCUCUCAGUUCCAGAGGCUGUGGAAGCUGCAAAAGACCUCUUUGCAAGAAAUGCAAUCCAGUUCUACAAGAUCACAAUUUAGAUCAGGGAAUUACUACUUUUUUUUAUAAACCAGACAAGUACUACUGUGGUUAUAUUUGGAAGAGCUUAUUUGAGUUGAUCUUAUGGCAUAAGCACUUAGAGUUCUUGUGAAAUGAGCAGCCUAAAUCUAUCUAUAAGCUAUUUUGAGUUUAUUUCAGUAAGCUUAUGAAUAAGUGCUUAUGUGAUAGAUGCUUAUUACUAUAAACGCUUAAUUAGGUUGUUUAUCCAAAUGAACCUUUUUGAAUAAGGUCCUAUGUUUAGGACUUCGUCUGGUUAUGAAUUUCUGAUCCAUCAUUAAGAGUUAAUUAUAUUCCAAA